CGGACACAUGGUACACCCAAACAUCAGUAGAUUCACUGUGUCUACCAUAGUCUGAAGACUUAGAGAACGGGUAAUUACCUUUUUUGACAUUAUAGAAUGUUAAUGUUGACAGCAAUUUCUGUAUGACUGUGUUCUCUAUUUUUUUUUCUAACUAUCUACAAGUGCUAAAUGCACAGGUUUUUUGCUUUGGAACAUCCAUUUAGCCUACAGCGAACAAUGAAUAUUUAUUUCUACAGCCUCAUGUCCUGGCAUUGUAUUUUCUACUUUUCUAUGUAGCAUUUAGUGACUGUAGUCGUGUUUUUAAUUUUGAUUGAUUCGGGGCACAAUUUGACAACAUAGCUCAGUUUUGAGCACAGAUUGAACUGUUUUGAGGUGAAAGUUUGGUUUUGCAAGAGGAGUUUGAGUUUUGUGAAUAAAGCUUGAAAAUUGGGUUAUGUGUUCACUGUUAAGAGAAAAGGAGAGCAACCUUGGAGAAAUGUGUCUUAGCAAUCGAGAAAAACUGUAUUAUCAGCUGAGAUAUAUUGUUUUUGAACUCGUAUCAUUACAAAAACAGAGCUUUUUAUACAAUAUUUAAGGUUUGCAAUUUUGUUUUAUCUAUUGUGGGAUGUUGUGUGUUAACAUUUGUAAAUAAUACAAAAACUAUCCAUAGUUUUGUUGGAAGGUAUAGCUUGUCUGUUAAGCAAAUGUAAGCAUUGUGGAAAUGUGUUUACUGACUGCAUAUUGUGUGAAAACAACAUGAAAAGUGUGAAUGAUAUGGCCACAAAAGACCGAUGCUGUGCUAAGUGUGUUAAGAGUUUUGAAAAUGCGACAACUGUUCGGACAAACGCUUGUCAGUGGCUAAAAUAAAAUUGUAAUAGUAUCUGACGCCGGGUCCAUUUUUCCGUAGAGACCCCAAGAUGGCGCCAUUGUCGUUUAACAUUAAACUGAACACCGACCCUUUGGCACAAGCCCCGCCCCCGCCCCGCCCACACAGUGACGAACACCGGCUUCCUCUCCCUCCACACAAUAACAACAGCUGAUAGCAGCUAAAGAUGGCCGCCGCAACCAUGGCGGGGCCCGACGCCCACAGGAUGGAGGAGAAGAAGUUCGAGUAUUUCUCCUCCAUCAACUCCAUGGCAAGGAAAAUAAUGCAGGAACGGGAGAAAAUCAAAGCCCAGCACGGCUCGUCUUGGGAGAAAAUGACCCCGCAAGAGCAGGACACCGCUAUCGACAACGAGAUGAUGGACCCACAUAUUCGAGCCCGAUACGGUAUGCACAGAGUUGACCGUGAAGAAGUGGUCUGUUACCCGAAACUGCUCAUUCAGACGGGUCAGAAGAUCGUUCAUUUCGGAGAGGAGGUACUUUGAAUACAUUUUCAAUCGUAUUAUGUGGUUUUAAAGGCGUUUUAGAGAUCAUUUUAAGCUGUGUUUUCAUGGCUGCGUACUAGCCACGUAGCUGUUAAAAUAUGCUGGCGUACGUCAUUGGACUGAUGCGUUACCUAGCGACAGAUACAUAUUUCAGCCAUUAUUCCUAAUAAGUGAAUUCACACAUUAAAAGAUGAGUUAAAUUAUGAUAGCUGGUUUCGUUUUAUAGACCUCAGGGCUAUUAGUCUUCUAUAACACAGCUCAGUUUAUCUAAAUGUCGAAAACCCUGUGUCAAUAACAUUGUUUCUUUUUAGGAUAUCACCUGGCAGGAUGAGCACUCGGCCCCUUUCUCAUGGGAAACAAAGGUAUGUUUAUUGAGGUUAGGCUCAAGUGCGACACACUACACUGGAUUGUUGCAGCCAACUUUUGUUUAUAUCAUUGUCAUAAUGACUAUUACAAAGUUAUUAAGCCUGUUAUGAACAAGCUGAUGUCAAGAUUGAUGCCUCUGUGUGACCUCUAAAAGCAAAGUAGGAACAAGAUUGAUAUCUAUAUUGAUUGAGUCAAAGCACAGCUGUUUUAUCUAUGAAACUCUUUAAAAAUCCCUGUUUUAUGUAAGCGCUGCUAAUAAGGUUAUAGGGGAGAGUGGGGUAAGUUGAGCCAAAGGGUAAGUUGUUGCUUGGAAAUGGUAAAAGAAAUUGAUCAUGUGAUCAAAUAUUAGGAGAUGGGCAUCAAUUCAUGGAGUCUGUGAAGGUUAGAAGCACAUGGGUGAAGGGGUUAGACAUUUAUUUCUAAAAAAAAAAAAACAUUUUUCACUCUUGAAAGUGAAUUUAGUCUGUCACUCAAUUUUAUUAGAAUUGUGUUCAGACCAAAAAAAGAUCAUUUUAAUUUUGUUUUAUCCAUCAAUUGUGGUAUCUAUGAGCUACAACAUGAGGUCAAAAAUUUAGCAUAAAAGUCCACCAUUUUAGCUUCAAGGACUAAUAAAGUCAUAAAAGUAGUUCUGGGGUAAGUUGAGCCAGUGGUUCAACAUAUGAAUGUGAAGAAGUGACUGUUAUUUAGGUACAGAGGUGAGGGAGACUUUUUUUGGCAUGCUGUAUUACCAAGACACUUAUGUUUACACUAAUUCUGUUGGUUUGCAGGAAUGCACAACAUCUUGAAAUAUAUGCAGAUACACUAGUUAAAGACAUCAUCCUACCCCACUUUCCCCUAAUUAAUACUCAUAUUUAGUAUCUUGCCUUUCAAGGGCUGUAUAUGAAUGCAAAAGUUCUGUUUUUUGUUUUGUGAACUUUGUGUCUUUUUUUCAGAGCCAGCUGGAUUUCAGCUUGACACCAGGCUCUUCAGAGCAAGGGGUCUCAGCCUCACAGGCAGACUCAAAGGCUGCAAAGGCAUCUGGACAGCUGGGAAAGAGUACACCGGGAGUUAAGGUAUGGCAAGGAGUGCACUCUGGCUUUUUAAAUGUGUUACGGUAUGGUUAACGUAUAACAAAAAUAUUUAGCUCAACAUCACACCAUUUGAGAACAUGUAACUUUCCAGUAAUUAUGUAAUCCUCGUGGGCUAACAUGACCCAUUUAUGCAUGCAGCUCUGGUCGUGUUGAUCGAAAACAGCUUAAUCAUCUCGAGGUCUUUAAGCACAUUGUAAUGUUGUUCGGAAGGUGUCUGUCAGCGAGGGACGCCGGCCAGAUGAAGAGUCAUCUUUCUGGAAGAUCACCUCUGAGAGGUCCCGACUGGAGGGAGAAAAAGCAGACUUCCAGUCCCUCACCCCCAGCCAGAUCAAAUCCCUGGAAAAAGGAGAGAAGUCCUUGCCCUCCUACCUUCGACAGGUAAGCGCAGAACUCCCUGAAUGUUUCUUAUUAGCUAUAAAGAAUUAAACUAACUGCUGUAGGAAAAGUUUGGUGUAUUUCACAAGCUGUGUAACCUAAAAUUGAUUUGAGCCUGAUGUAUUCACAAGCAUGAGAUGUGAAAGAUGUUAAAAGCAGUGAUAAAAGUAUACUUUAGCUAUAGUAACAGUGUGUUUAUUAUGAUGAAUCCAACUUUAAGGAUGAACAACUAUUACGUUAUUUUUCUGCAGGAGUCCUCCAAGGAGCCUGAGACAGUAGACUCCCACCCUCCAGCACCAGCACCAGCACCUGCACCUGCAAGGUCUACCAAACAGCGAGCGCCCAAACCUCCUGCUCCCCCUCCCCCUAUCCCUGUUGCUGUCAGUGCAACACCGGCAUCCAUCUCCAUUUCUCCAAACCCAGCCCCUCCAGUGAGCGUGUCCUCAUCAGUCGCAGGCUGGGAGCGAUCUCAGAGCACCCUGCCAUCAGUCAGCAACACUGUGGAUGAAGUGUUUUCCUCCAGCCUGAUGUCCAAGUCCCCCAGCCAACCCAAAAGUGGAGAGAAAGAGAGAGGGGAUGACGGUUCAGCCUCAAGUCCCACUUUUGCUCAGGUGAGUCUGAAACAGAUAUGAGGUCCAUUUUACAGGCACAUUAGAAGAAGUAGGAAUUUGAAGGUGCUGUUUUGUGAGAUGACAGGGAGUGAAAGCAGAACAGUCAUUUUGAGAUUGUUUUGUGGAAAGGUUUAUUUUCUAAAAGACAAACAUUGUCACUUUGCGGUGCAACCCUGCAGAAGGGCGCCAUUCUGUUGGAUUCUGUGUAAAAACAGCCAACAGAUACCUUCUAUGUGUGUGUAAGCAUAACACAGACAGAGAGCAGAGCUCUCCGUGAUCUAACUUAGUCGCUGCAUUUUUAAAGCCUCACUAGAAUUAAACCAAACCAAACUUUUCAGAUUCUGUCUGCAUUAUGGCUUUCUAAGACAGCCUGAAUAAACAAAAAUUGACUGUGUGCAAGCAUCUUAGAAAAAACAAAUAAAAAUCCGUCAGAAGGCCUUUGCAUUAAAGAGGAAAUGCAGAGAGAGGCUAUUUAAACAAGGAGAACCACCUCUUCUCUGUGGAUCAGUUUGAAGUAAGGAAAGUGAAUCAAGAAAAAGAAGGUAGAUAUUCACUAAAAAGCAGAGAUUCAGUCACUGGCCCUCCUGGAAUGUUUUUACAUAUUGUUUCCUCUGGGACAGUUAUAAUCAGCAUUUUCUGAUACAGCAACAAACUGUGUUGAGACAGUUGUUUUGGGGAAAGUAUUUGCUGUUUUACACUUCAAAUAGUAUUGUGAUAACGCGCAACCAUUUCCUCUACCAAUCUUUCACAGAUGUAAAUGAUUUGCAGACCAUUAAAUUCUAUUUUGUCUCAGUUGCAAGAAAACUGUACAGCCUUUAAACCAAGAUGUUAAAAAUCCAAUUACUUUAACCAAUUAAGUGACUAAAGCAAACCUGCUUACAUUAUCAAAUAUCAGCACCUCAACUACAGGGAGUACAAAAUUUGUCUCACAGCAGAUCAGAUUACAUCCUGGUUAAUAGCUUGUUGCUACCUAGACAGAAGGUAAUAGUCUCUUUCUCUCUGUCUCCUCUACCCCACAGUUCAACACAAGCAGCAGCAUCCUGAAGACCGGAUUCGACUUCCUAGACAACUGGUAACCCACAGCCUAGACCGGCCACCACUCUGGAUGAAUCAUUAUCAUCAUCAUUCACCCUAAAGAAGGACCACACUGCCAUGACCACAGAAAAUCAUGUCUAGAUUUUAACCACCAGUCAUUAAGUAGACCACGAUAAGUUCUUGUAAUUAUCUUCUGUGGCUUGUUAAGACAUUAUCUCACCGACUGUGUUCUAGUGCCCCCUACCCACCCACUAGAAAGCUCCCUUUACUCUCUGAUUAGGGUUGAAUGUCUUUAUUUGCUUGCCAAACACCCCCUUCCCGCCAAGUAUAGAUAGCAGGGUUUGAACCUCAGAGACUUUGUGUGUGUUUGCUCCCUGACUGUGCAUUUAUUCUGCUAUCAGCUUGGUUGAAAGGUUGGACCACUCAGACCCCUGUCUUUGAUCCUUGUGAAUGAAACCAGAUCACUUCCAGCACAUUUAAGGGGCCAUUAUAUACCAUAAAGCUAAUGUAAAGGCAACCAUGAAACACUCAAGGCUGAUUUAAAUGCAUCAGAACUUGAUUUUAGUUUCUGACAAAACUUGGAAGGACGUUUUAAGACAUAAAAAAAUCCUUCCGCAUUAUAAUAAGAGCAAAUGAGGAAUUUAUUUUAUCUGUUUUAUUAAAUUCAUAUAGUUUAUAAGUUUAUAGUCAUAACGGUACGAUGGUUCAUUUUUCCGUAGGAGUUAAGAGUUCAUCAUCACAAAGAGGCUGCUGUUUUGACAAGAGUGAAGUGCAGCUGAAAAUCAGUUUCUCGCUUCACAUCUUGUUGCCCAUGUGUUGGAAAAAAACGGGUUAAGAUUUACACUCAAAUACCUGUCACAUCACCACGAUUUUAAAAACUGUUUUGGUCACUAUAGCUACAUUGUUUUGAUGCCGUAAAUCUGAAUCCAUCAAUGAAUCUGACCAUGGGACCACACUAUUAAGAGCUAUUGCACACUUAAGUUCUUUAAACUCCUAUUACCACAGAACGAUGUGGAAAUACAGUAAUGAGUUUUGGCCAGUUCUGAUUCAAAACAAUAAUUUAGCUGCUUUUUCUGAGGAGAACUUUGAUAUCACGCCUGCAGCCUGUUGAUAAGUAGCUUACAGCAUGAAUGCACAGUCAUGGUGAAAGUCGGAUGCCUUCUUGUACAAUCUUUAGACACUACAAUAGCAAGCAGUUAUUUAUUUUGUACUAUUAGCAUGUUGAACUUUUCCUCUGUGCGACACUAGACCCUCUUCUAUUUUUGAUGUUUAUUUUUGUUAUGAAGAACUUGCUCUCUAUUGUGCUUUUAUUUAUACUUCGUUAUAUAUUCCUAUAAGUCUAAGAAUCAUUCAGCUUAAGUAGAGCUCAGUCUUGCAUUCCUGGCCUUCAUAGAUAGAUAAAGCUCUUUGACUCUCUUGUUUUUUUUCCCCAUUGCAUCGUCUUACAAAAAUAUAGAAGAAUGUAUUCCAUUUUUAUACACAUUCAUUGAAUUAGAUUGUGGUUUUUAGAUGGUGGAAACCAGGCUGUUGGCGCAUUAAAAAGGAAUGGGAGGGGAAAAAAAAGAAAAACAACAGCAGCCAUAGAAGUGCUUAGACUUCUUCAUGGAAAACUCAUGGCCGCCAUAUGAAACUGUUACAGAUGUCCUGUGUGGAUUUAGCUGCUUGCCAACACUUCCUCACUGAAGUCACCCCUUUCCAGAACUGUCACCUUUGACCUCAAACUUGUGCUGAGCAAAUGUGUGCAUUUAUAAUGAAAUUAAAAGGUGUUUUAGAUAAACAGGCAGGCACGUAGUGAUUUACACCAUUUGUGUCAUAGAUUAAAAAUCCAGUUUACAUGACUAGAGGACUAUUUUACUGAAUUUUAUAUUUAUCUGCUGAUUGUAUCUUAUUCUAUACAUGUAUGCACUCUGCAUUUUUGGGGUCACAAUUUAAAAGGAAGUGAAUAAAAAAUAAAAGUCAAACAGCCUUGUUA